CUACAAGUAUAAAAAGUUGUGUCGCAAUAUUAAAUUUUCAAUAUUAGCUUCCUAAAAUAUUGGUAACAAAUACGAGAAUUUUUUGAAGAUUUAUAUUUUUUUGUGCUGAUUUUUUCUUUCUUUAUUGACUUGCUAUAUUUGGAACGCAAAUGUUGAAGCCACUUGCUAUGCAAACAAUUGUAAUUUCAAAGUAUGUCUAAUAAACAAGAGGCAGUUGUAUUUAUUUUUCUAAUCAUGAUAAUUUAUUUAUUUAGAAAGCACUCGGAGAAUCUGAAUAAAGUUAGAACAAAAACUCUACUGAACGAGUCACAAAAUGGCGUUUGCAGAUAAACCACAAGAAUUAAUGAUGGAAGAUGGCGACUACUAUGGCAUUAUACAAUGCCCAAGUGUUGGACUAUACUACAGUGAAACAAGUUCGUACCAGUACAAUCUACUAGCAGUUGGUUUGUUUAACAUUUUCUUUUCAAUACCAACCUUCAUCUUCAACUUUUUAAUUUUGCUGACUUUCAUAAAACAGACCAAUCUUCGCAAACUUGGCAACACCAUUUUAAUAAGUUUAUCGCUGUGUGAUCUACUAAGCGGGAUGAUAGCACAGCCAGUAUUGGUAUCUCUGAUUGCUAUUUUACUGACCAAAAAACCAACGGAAAUCCCCUGCGACCUCGUCACUUCGUCCAGCGUUCUUGGGUACACUUUGGCAUGUAUAUCCUUGUUAACGGUCUCGUUUAUAUCACUUGAAAGAUAUCUUGCCAUUUUCCAUCCAUUCUUAUACGAACGAAGUGUCACAAAAAGAUGGUUAUACACUGGUUGCGCUUCUAUAUGGGUUGUAUCUAUUGUAAUGAUGCCUGCUUUGUUGUUGGUUAAAAUUUUACACGUAUAUUUUUUCUGGGUCAAUGCUAUCUUGAUUACAUUCACAUAUGUCUGGAAUACGUUCAUCUAUGUGAGAAUUACAACACGAGCAAAUGAGCUACGACGCGAGCAAAGAACCUUGCAAUCCCGUUUUGGUGCACCUAAGGCGCCCGGAUGCAAUCAAUCAAAAGCCACCAAAGUCGCCGGUUCAAUCAUUCUAGCGUUACUUUUGUGUUAUUUACCCCAAGUUGCAGUGUCAGUAUGGCAGUUGAUUAAGAAAAGUCGUUUUUUGUACGAGUAUUGCGAGUAUUGGACAAUGACCUUUGGACUUUUGAAUCCCGGCUUGAAUCCAAUAUUUUAUUGUUACUACAAUUCACAAAUUCGAAAAGAGUUAUUUCUGCUUCUUGGUUUUUCACCACAUAACGUGAGUCCAGCUAACUCGAAUAGCACCACACCACAAAUUUUACCACAUAGAAUGGUUAACGACACAAAGAAAAAAAGAAGCGCAACGUCUAUAACAUUCGCUGAUUAAAACUAUUAAAUUUAAUUUUCAACACUUUGUUUAUCCUUAAUAUUUUUGACACACCAAACUAAGAAUUGAGGAACUCUUAAGCCCAUGUAAAACCAGCGUAAAUUUAAUACUAAUAUUAUUUUUGUUGUUGUUGUUGUUGCUGUUGUUGUUUCCGUUCUUGUUGUUUUUGUUUGUUUGCUUGUUGUUGUUGUUCUUAGUUUUUUGUUGUUGUUUUUAAAACCACACAAGAAGAUUUUAACAUAUCAUCUGUACAUUGCUGUUUUUAUUUUGUAUAUAUGUAAGUAAUAAUCUAACCUCACUGAAGAGGAACACAAGUGUUUGCUGACCUGAGGUUCAGUUGUUUCAUAAAUAUAAAACUACACACAAACAUUUUAUGUGCAAUGUAUAUAAAUUAUUAUAUGGCAUACGAAAGGAAAGAAUCAAUGUUUGAGGUUUGGCCUCCAA